AUGGCAGACUCUAAGGGGAUGGAGCAGCCUAAGUUCUCCCCCUUCGCUUGCCAUGCCGACAAGAAUCGUAGGGACGGGAUAAGGCUGCUUCGUGUGAAUGGGCGACUUCUCUGUCACUUCUACAUGAAGGGAGAAUGUCCUCACGGAGAGAAGAUGUUGCAUCUCCCUAAGGAAGAGCGACCGGCAUGCCCGAACUUCGUAGCAUGCGGAGUGUGCAAGUUCGGGUCGCAAUGUUGGUACCCCCACUCAGCUGCUGCUCGCAAGAGAGACAUGAAGGUCAACCUCGCUGUCCAGGUCCAGGGAACCCACUAUCAGCGCAUGCUGGACUUUUUCAACGAGCUAGAAACGUGCGAUGUCGUGGAGACAGGACAGCUGGCGGCAGGCAAGAAGACGGUGAAAGUGAUUCUGCUGCAAGUAGACGAAGAUCCGAUAGCGUUCGCUCAUCAGCAUUUCAUACGGAGCGAAAGGAUGAGGUCGGCAGUAGCUCGUGUCUAUCAUGUCUACAAGCAGUCGCAAGACCUCCAUCAAGUCCUUCAGUCUGGUGGAGACCAACACCUAUGA